AGCGCGAAGAGGUUUAUGUUAUUGUUAUUUGCUAAAAUUUCGAGGAUAAUUAUUAUGAACUACGUUAUUAUAAUUUGUAAUAGACACUGACUAGGGAUAUAAUUUGCGGAUGGACUUAGCGUGUGUAGCGAAAUCGGGUAAUUGUUUGCUAAAAUUAUGGCCGCGCUUCGAAUCAAAUGAACAGCGGUCCAAAGUCCAAGGUUAUACAUAUGUACUUAUAUACCUUAAAUGAAGCAUACAAGCUGUAAACUGCACUAUCUGAAAGUACAUACACACAGAAAUUAUAGCUGAACAAUGUGUUGAUUUUUAUUGUAGAAUAAAAUACCAUGUACAAAUGAAAAAUUACAAUUCAUUGUUUAGAUGCAAAUAUAAAUGUUUCCCGCGUUUUUAUAGUAAAGUAUAUACAUAAGUAUACAGUUUCAUGUACAAAAAGUAUGAGAAAGAAUUAAAAAUAUACAAUACCAAAAAUCUUGUUCUUAUAGUGAAAUGAUUGUAACAGUUAAUAGAUGACAUGGCAGAAGCACAUUCAGCUGUAGCAUUCAGUUUUUCCAUUACUCAUGAAGGAUGGGAUGUUAAUUUUGAUAGAGAAGUUUUACACUUGGUAUGGCAAUCAGGUAUUCGCUCUUGGAAGAAGAGGUUCUUCAGAUUUGUUAACAAUCUGAGAAGUGGUGUAUACCCUGCUUCCUUGGAAAGUUUAUGGUUUACCAUAGCUGUGGUGACUGUAAUACAUUUUGCAGGAUUUAAAGUACCCUAUGAUCCUGUUGGAAAAGCUGCACCCUAUUUUUCAGGGUCUGUAAUAUUGGCACAUUUAUUAGGAUCCUUUAUGUUUGGAUUAAUGUUAUGGUUGAUGGUGAUACAUCUGAUUCGAUACACUUUGAAAUUAUUACUUAUGUACAAAGGAUGGAUGUAUGAAUCCAGAGAAAAGGGGUCUAGUACUUCAAAAAUUACUAAAAUGUGGACUACAUUAGUAAGGUUAUUCUUUGGAUGGCACAAGCCAAUGCUAUACAGUUUUCAAGGGUCCUUACCACGGCUACCAUUACCCACAGUAGAGGAUACUAUGAAACGGUACUUGCGAAGUAUUCGACCUUUACUCGACGAUGAAAAUUAUGCUCGUAUGGAGACACUGGCCAAUGAAUUUCAAAAGGGCAUCGGUGUAAAACUUCAACAUUAUCUGAUAUUGAAAUCUUGGUGGGCUACUAAUUAUGUUUCUGAUUGGUGGGAAGAAUAUGUUUACCUACGUGGUAGAUCUCCCAUUAUGGUGAACUCCAACUUUUACGGCAUCGAUGCUAUUUUGAUGCAUCCCACCAAGAUACAAACUGCUCGGGCCGCAAGCGUUAUUUAUUCAUGUUUGCAAUAUAGACGUCUCAUCGAACGUCAAGAAUUAGAACCGAUUUUAAUUCAAGGACUGGUGCCUUUAUGUUCAUGGCAAUAUGAAAGAUUAUUUAACACUACAAGAAUACCAGGACGCGAGACAGACAAACUUGUACAUUAUCAGGAUUCUAAGCACAUCGUUGUGUAUCAUAAGGGAAGAUACUUUAAAGUUUUUAUUUAUCACAAAAACAGAAUUCUUCAACCUUGUGAAAUCGAAAUUCAGAUGCAACAAAUUUUAGAUGAUAAAUCAAAGCCCUCAGAAGGGGAAGAAAAAUUGGCUGCUUUAACAGCAGGUGAAAGAACUGCAUGGGCCAUAGCUAGAGAAGAAUUCUUUUCAAAGGGAGUUAAUAAAGCAUCUUUAGACCUAAUUGAAAAAGCAGCGUUUGUAGUUGUACUAGAUGAUAUGCCAUAUAUAUAUGACCCAAUGGAUCCAGAAAAAUUAGAUCAAUAUGGACGAAUUCUAUUACAUGGUACAGGAUACGACAGAUGGUUUGACAAAUCUUUUACUUUAUGCAUAGGCACUAAUGGUAGAACUGGAUUCAAUGCUGAACAUUCGUGGGCAGAUGCUGCAGUGAUGUCACAUUUGUGGGAGUACGUGAUAUCUCAGGAAAACGAUACUGGAAAAUAUAAAGAGGAUGGUCAUGUUAAAGGGGACCCCGAAUUUACACCUCCACCUGCUACACGGCUUCAAUGGGACUUAAACCAGAAUUGUAUAGAAGCUAUUGAAAAAUCAAAUGAAGUUGCACAGAAUUUGUUAAAUGACGUUGAAUUACGCAUUUAUGUACACAAUGCAUAUGGUAAAGGUUUCAUGAAAGUUAAUUCUAUGUCACCGGAUGCAUAUAUACAAAUGGCUCUUCAAUUGGCCUACUUCCGUGAUUCUGGUAAAUUUAAUUUAACUUAUGAAGCAUCCAUGACUAGACUGUUCAGAGAAGGAAGAACAGAAACAGUAAGACCAUGUACAAUUGAAUCUACAGAGUGGGUUAAAACAAUGGAAGAUAAAGAUGCUACUACAGACCUUAAAUAUAAAUUAUUGCUAGCAGCAGCAAAGCAACAUCAAAAAGGUUAUCAAGAUGCAAUGUGUGGCAAAGGAAUAGAUAGACAUCUGUUUUGUUUAUAUGUAGUAUCCAAGUAUUUAGAAGUGGAUUCUCCUUUCUUGAAGGAAGUUUUAAGCGAACCAUGGAAGUUAUCUACUUCACAGACUCCACAUGGUCAAACAUCAUUAAUAAAUUUGAAAAAACAUCCUAAUUGUAUUUCUGCGGGAGGUGGUUUUGGCCCUGUGGCCGAUGAUGGUUAUGGGGUUUCUUAUAUUAUUGCUGGAGAAAAUCUUUUGUUUUUCCAUAUCUCAUGCAAACGUAGUUCUCCAAAAACUAAUGCUGCCAGAUUUGCAAAACAAAUAGAGAAGUCGUUGGACGAUAUGAAGAAUUUGUUCGUUGAAUAUAAAAAACUACAAGCACAAAAGAAUGGUUCUAUGUAAUCAUUUUACAGUGCAGAAGAAAUGUAAUAUUAUGUGCACUUGUGGAGACUUAGAGUCUUAAACAUUUCCUUUUAUAAGUUUGCAAAAUGCUAUUCCUCCACAGAAUUAAAUGCACCAACAAUUACCUGGACAGAUACAUUAAGCAGGAAGUUACUAAAAGUACAAAUGAAAAAUUAAGGUAAAGCUGAACAUAAUUCAACAAAUAUAUGAAGCAAGUUUUUGGUUGUUAACUUGCGAAUGAUCUUUAAGUAACUUCGUAUACAAAAGAUUUAUAUUUCAUACUCUUUGAUAUUAUACAAUGUACAUGAAAGUGAUGAAACGCGUAUAGUUUACCUAUACUUAUUUUUGUAAUGAACAUUUGUAAAGAAAAGCUAUUUUUAAGUAAGAAGGAACUGUCAAUUAUAAUAGCAUUUACAGGAAUUGACUACUAAACAUUCAAAACAUUAUUAUCUUAAAAGUUUUAAUUUUUCAGAUAUCUUUUUUUUUAAGUAACUCAUUUGUAUGGAAUAUAAAUAACAAAACAAGCAUUGUUUUAGCAUUGUUCUUCAAAAAAUACUCUAUACUCGCUUUAUCAGAUAUUUAUAAAUGAAUUGAUGAUUGUCAUUGCUACUAAAGUAUUAAAUGCAUACUGACAAAGUUAUAAUUCAUAACGGCAUAUAAAUUCGAAAGAAAUCGUACACGAAUCUCAUUAAAGAAAUUAUUAUAUUUUAUUAAUAAUAAGUUUUACAUUAACAACUUGUCACUUUUAAUACAAUGUAAUCAUGUUAGUAAUUAGUAUAAAAAUAUAUUAAAUAAUAUGCCAUAAAUCAAUUUCUGCAACCUA